UGCAGCCCCGCCCUUGGUUCCGUCCCAGAAUGCUGAGCCCGGUUCUCUGUUCAGACCUCGCUGCCUUGGAGCCAGAGUACACUGAGGCGGAUGUCAUCUCUACGGUGGAGUUCAACCAGACUGGAGAGUUCCUGGCCACGGGUGAUAAGGGUGGGAGGGUUGUCAUCUUUCAGAGAGAACCACAGGGCGAAUAUAAUGUUUAUAGUACAUUUCAGAGUCAUGAGCCUGAGUUUGAUUACCUGAAAAGUUUGGAGAUUGAAGAGAAAAUCAAUAAGAUUCGCUGGCUGCCUCCACAUAAUCCCGCCCACUUCCUCCUCUCCACCAAUGAUAAGACCGUAAAGCUGUGGAAGGUGAGUGAGAGAGACAAGCGAGCAGAAGGCUAUAAUCUGCGAGAUGAGGAAGGCAGACUGAAGGACCUCUCAACAGUCACCACUCUACAGGUCCCUGUCCUGCGGCCGAUGGAUCUGCUGGUGGAGGCGACCCCACGCCGUGUUUUUGCUAACGCACAUGCAUAUCACAUCAACUCCAUCAGUGUUAACAGCGACUGCGAGACGUACCUGUCUGCUGAUGACCUGAGAAUUAACCUGUGGCAUCUCAGCAUCACGGACCGCAGCUUUAAUAUUGUAGAUUUAAAGCCGGAAAACAUGGAGGACCUCAGUGAGGUGAUCACAGUGGCAGAGUUUCACCCUCACCACUGCCACCUGCUGGCCUUCAGCAGCAGCACAGGAACCACACGCCUCUGUGACAUGAGAGCUCGCGCGCUCUGCGACCAGCAUGCCAAAUUGUAUGAAGAGGCAGUGGAUCCAGCCCGCCGCUCGUUCUUCUCAGAGAUUGUUUCCUCUGUGUCAGAUGUGAAGUUCAGUCACAGCGGCCGCUACCUGAUGACUAGAGAUUACCUCACUGCUAAAGUCUGGGACCUCAACAUGGAAAAUAAACCUGUGGAAACAUACCAGGUCCACGACUACUUGCGAACCAAACUGUGCUCUUUGUAUGAAAGCGAUUGUAUUUUUGACAAGUUUGAAUGUGCUUGGAAUGGAACAGACAGCGUGAUAAUGACGGGGGCUUACAACAACUACUUCCGAAUGUUUGACCGGGCGAGCCGGCGUGACGUGACUCUGGAGGCCAGUCGUGAGAUGUGUAAGCGGCGUGCCGUCCUGCAGCCGAGGCGCGUGUGUGUGGGGAAGAAACGGAAAGAGACGGACGUCAGCGUGGACAGUCUGGACUUCAGGAAGAAAAUCCUCCACACCGCCUGGCAUCCCAAAGAAAACAUCAUCGCCAUCGCCGCCAGCAACAACCUCUACAUUUUUCAGGACAGACUGACGGCCAACGGACAUCACAACACACCGGAAAUACAAAGUGCGCCUCCCAAAUGACAGACGCACCCAAAUCUGACUAUGUAAUGUCACACAGUCUUGUGGCACAAAAGACGUGCAAGAUCCAGUCCAUUCGAUUGCCCUUUAUUAUCACAUUUCCCAUCUGCAUUCAGUGUCACCAGUAUCAGAACAAUCUCAAAAACUAUCACGAACAUAUAUAACCCCAACAAUUGAAUAAUAGAAACUAUAACUGUGGUUUUGAAUGAAAAUGUAUCGCUCAGAUUCAGUGCUAUAGCAUGGCAUGCAGUAUGAACACUCGGGUUAGAUAAUGUUCAGCUACCCUGAAACAUACAGAUCGCACAUGCAUGUUUACAAAGCUGUUUGCUCAUCAUGAACAGGGCUUAUUUAACAAUGAUGAUUGUAAGCGAAUCAGAGCCUUUACAAUGCUUUACAACGCUCUGCACUGCUUGUAUAGAAUGUCGUGUCUGUUCUUUCUUCUCAGGCUUGAGUUUUCUUCGGUUUUCUUUGGUUUGACAAAACUGCUCAGGGACUCUCUAAGGCCUCUUCCUAUGUUCAAUGGCAAAACUCACCAAAACGAAAUCCAGAACAAGCAGAGGACAGGAUGCAGGAAUUAUGGAGGUCUGCUGAGAGACAUUGCUGGAAGGAAAACAGCAUGUGCAGGGAUCAGUUUCAAUGCUGAGUCAUCACCACCACCCCCACCUCAAUGUGUAAAGAGCAUUCCCAAUCCAACGCUUUUGAACACAUACUUACAGGCAUUUGCUAGCUAGUGCACUGGUUUUGGGUGAUUUUAUUUCAUGUGUUGACGAAACAGCUCAGCCAAAAAUGAAAAAGAAAUUCUCACCCUCA